AUGAGGCCAUUGACGGACGAAGAAACGACAGCACUUUUUGAAAAGUUAUCUAAAUAUAUUGGUGAUAAUAUUCGUUUGUUACUCGAACGACCUGAUGGUCUUUACACAUUUCGAUUACAUAAAGAACGAGUUUAUUACUGCAGCGAAAAUAUUAUUAAAUAUGCCAUGCAUUUUCCUCGAAAAGAGUUACUUAGUUUUGGCACAUGUUUUGGAAAAUUUACAAAAACAAAAAAAUUUCGUUUACAUAUAACGGCAUUAGAUUUUGUUGCACCCUAUGCAAAGUACAAAGUCUGGUUAAAACCGAGUGCUGAACAACAAUUUCUUUAUGGCCACAAUGUUAUGAAAACAGGAUUAGGACGUAUCACAGAAAACACACCUAAAUAUAAUGGUGUUAUUGUUUACACAAUGAAUGAUGUUCCUCUGGGUUUUGGCGUAGCAGCCAAAUCGACUGUUGAAUGUCGUGCAGCGGAUCCAUUAGCAACGGUCGUGUUUCAUCAAUCUGACGUUGGCGAAUAUUUAAGAAAUGAAGAUGCUUUGACUUACCUUCAACCAAAUCUUGAUACAAGACGUAAACAGUUGGAUGCAUGGUGUUCAUUAAUACUUGAUUAUUGUCGAAUAAAAAAAACUUGUACAUUUGAUGUUAAUGAUGCAACAAAAUUUCCACCAUUUUCAAAUUCAAAACUAAACCGACAACUUGAUAAUAAUUUUAUUCAGAUAAUACUCGAAGAAUUGCGUGCAAGAGGUAACAUUGAAUGGCAAGACAAAAACAAACGACGAUGUCUAGUUUUAUGGAAAUCACCUGAAGAAUGGGCUAAAACUGUUUAUCAAUGGAUCAAUGCGCGUGGAAUGAAUGGUACUGUUUGUACAUUUUAUGAGUUAUUACACGGAGAUGAUUCACGUACAGCCGAAUUUCAUGACAUUGAUCCACAAUUAUUUCGUCGUAUAUUGAGUGAAUUAGAAAAAUGUGGUCAAGCAGUUGUUUUCUCUGAUAAUGGUGUUGAUGGUGUCAAAUUUAAUUAA